AUGGAGCUAAACGAUAAUAGUGAAGACGAGUUUGAGGAAGAUGUAAAUGAAGAUAACCCUGAGGAACAGAAUGAAGAUCCAAAUGUCGACUACCAAGAACUGUUGGAUCGUUUGCUAGCCCUUCCAGGCCGAGAACAUCUUCCACUUCUGUCUCCGAACCGGAUACCAGAAGUUGAGACUCUCUGGUUUAAUCGGCACAAUGGAAAGCUGUCUAGAGUGAUUGCUGGAAUCUUUCGGAGGAAGUUUGAUGGGCCUUACUUCAGCUGGAAGGUUACUCCAAUACCCAUUCGAGAGAGAUACUUCAGAAGUUUUGCGCGGAAGUAUAAUUGGGAUGUCGGGAUUACUAAGCUUGUUAGAGAAGGAUUCUUGGUGAUAGCCAAGAAACGGUUGAAAGGGAUUGUCAGUCAAGCAAAGCAGAGUGGUGUACAACCACCGUGGAUCCGUGAUACACUUUGGGCUGAGAUGUGGGUGUAUUGGAACACUGAGGAUGCUAUUGAGAGGAGUGAGAAUGCUUCACAGUGCAGAAACUCUAAUCGUGGAGGUCUUGGAGUGCACAAACACUUAGCCGGUCAGAAAUCUUUU